AUGUGUGAUAUGAAUGAAUGGAAUCAAUCAAGAAAAUAUCUUCAAUAUUUAUUAAUCCAUUCAAAUGAACAAGAUUUAUCAUGGAUUGAAUAUUUUAUUGGUCAGACUUUCUAUGAAAUUGGACAACUGAAUGAAGCACGAUUAUGUUAUGAUCGAGCGAUUAAAAGUAAUAAAAUUAAUCUUCAAGAUUCGGCUGUAAUUCUUUCUGCUAUUUGUAAAGUAUUAUAUUCACAAGGCAAAUAUGAUCAAGUUCUUGAAUUUCUUCAACAAGCAUUAGAAAUUCGAGAGAAAUAUUAUGAACAUUUUCACGUUGAUAUUGCCAUUAGUUUGGACAAUAUUUCUGAUAUAUUAAUUGAUCAAACAAAGUAUGAUCAAGCAUUGGAGUAUCAAAAACGUGCAAUGUCCAUCUGCAGAGAAUAUUAUCAAUCAAAUCAUACAUAUAUAGCUCUUUUACUUUAUCGUACUGGUUAUAUUCUGUAUCAAUAA